CGUUAAAAAUAGAAGUCUAAUCUCAGCUGCCUUCACUCAAAACAGUUCUUCUCUUCAGUUUCGGACAAGACUCGACAAUGUCGAUUAGGGUUUAUCUGAUCCUAUCUCUGCUACUCUUCUCCGCCUCUUUUCUGCAAAUUGCAAGAUGCGAACCGGAUCCUGAUGCUGAAGUUGAUUCCCACGAGGAUGUUGGGAUUGUUGGCGAAGACGUCCAAGAUUUUAGUGGAGGAAACUUCAGUCCAGCUGCUGGCGUGGAAACCAUAUGCGUUUUCCCCAAUAAUCCCUUGAAAUCUGUAGCAGCUGGAGAAGAAAGUGAACUUCUUGUUGGAAUUGGAAAUGGGGGAGAAUCAAGUAUAAAUGUUAUUGCAAUCCAAGCCAGUGUUUAUCUUCCUUUCGAUCACCGCUACUUGAUUCAAAAUCUUUCGACCCAGGCUUUUAACAAUGCAUCUGUUCCUCCGUCAGCUCAAGCAACUUUUCCGUACAUUUUUGCUGUCAGCAAGUUCUUACAGUCAGGUGAAUAUGAUCUUAUUGGAACCAUCGUUUAUGAGAUCGACCAUAAUCCUUACCAGAGUACCUUCUACAAUGGAACAAUUGAGGUUACUGAAGUAGGCGGUCUGCUGAGUGUUGAGUCAGUGUUCUUGUUUUGUCUUGCUGUAGCUCUCCUUGGCCUUCUUGGGAUCUGGAUACGCGGCCAGAUACAGAAUUUCUCAAAGAAAACCAAGAGGGUUGCCAAGGUCGAAGUUGGAACUGGGACAACGGAUGCCAACACGGAUGAGUGGCUCCAGGGUACUGCGUAUACACAGUCUCAAGCGAACAAAUCAAAGAAGAAAAAGUAGAUGAGCAGUUGAGUGUAGCCAUAGAGGCUGCAAUUCUUGUAACAAAGCUUAGUGAUCCGACACACGAGGAAAAUCAGGAGUAAGCGUAGUAAGUCGCUCUUCGACUAAAAGAAUUACUAGUAUAGAAAGGACUUACCUUUGCUGUUGUAGCAUGAACUUCAAUAGUUUCCUUUUUCUUUUGAAGUUUUGUUUAACUAAUUUAUCGCCAAACUGACUUGCAGUCUAGGGUGGCAGUUUCGCAUGA